UUGUUUCUCUUUUGCUUUUGGUAAGAGCGAGGCAUGUAAUGACACCUCAGUUUCUGCUCCAAUGUGCACGCACCUUUAGUAUGCAUGGGAAAUUUGUCACCUUUUAUCAGAAACGCGAGUGCCGGAUGAGUUGUUGUUGGAGAUUGCUCUGAGUCCAGGAGCUCUGUGAGGCUCGGGAGGGUCAAUGUGCAGAGCCAGUCACUGUGCCUGGAGUAAAGUCAGCAAGCACUGAGAUCUCGGUUCUUGUGUGGGAGCCACGGGGCAGAUGAUGAGUUGGCUGCUGUUGCUGGCUGCGCUAGCACUGAGAGGCUCUGCUGAGGAUCCAGAUUUGGUUUGCUACAGGAACUGCAUGCAAUGCAAUUUCAUCUGCACUUGGAGAGCUAAGACCACAUCAGGAAACGCCACCUAUAUUCUUAAGUUCUGUUAUCACAGAACCUAUUCCUGCAAGGAAUUCAAGAUGGCAUCCUCCACUCACUACCGCUUUUCUUAUCGGACAUGGCCGGUCCUAGAGAACCUCACUGCCUGGGUGGAAUCCCACAGUGGAGGCAGAGUCGAGAGGACCCAGAACAUCACUUUGCAACUGGAGAAUGCCAUCAAAUUGGAUCCACUGCCGCCUGAUCAAAUAACGUUCUCUAAAUCCAAUGGUACCCUGAGGCUGACACUGCAGCAGCUAGAUAACUGGAUUGUCACAUAUGAACCAUUACGAAGGGAAGCUCGGUACAGACAGAUGAAGGGCACCAAAUGGACACAGGUGGCGUGUCAGACACAAGGUGAAUACAAGGGUAACAACAUAACAGUGAUAUGCAACUUGGGAACAACAACAGCCUGCGAAGUCCAGAUUCGGCACAAAAUGGCCCAUUGGAGCACCUACUGGAGCGACUGGAGCAAAUCCAUCUUUGUUCCUGAGGAAAUUCCAGAGGUGAAUUACACGGUGGGGAGACUCGGCAGGAACGGACAGAGAAAUGUGACAUUCCAUUGGCAGGAAGCCCGUGAGGAGCAAUGGAAAGUCUAUUACACGCUGGCUCUCUACAUGCCAGCGUGCAGGUGCACAGAGCUGAAGAAGGAGGUCCCUGAAAAGGAUGAGACAACACUGACCUUGGCUCUCUCUGGGGCAGAGUAUCACCUUUCUAUGAGCGCAUCUAACCCAGCAGGGAGAGGCCCUGUGCGGACGUAUCGCAUUCCUCCAGAACAUCGCACAGAAAUGAGCUUUCUGAAUGUCAGCUCGGCUGGCAGCAGCGUGACAGUGCAGUGGGCAGCAAAGACCAAUGGGACCUUCUACUGCAUUGAGAAGCAACCCCUGGAAGACCCCCAGGAGGACCACAAGGAAUGUAUCCACAAACAACUCUUUGAGAAGGACAGCUAUAUGGAUACAGGGACAGUGAAACCCAGGAAGUGUUACAGAAUUGCCAUUCAUGGAGGGGGACCAGAGAAGCACUGGACGUUCGGUUCCAUGUACCACUUUGCUACGAACACUUCUUUGGAUGGGCCCAUUCACAUCCGGAACAUCACAGCAAACUCUGCUUUCCUGCUGUGGAAGCCAUCACUGCUCUCCCAAUGCCCCGGCAUGCUGAAGAAAUACAUCAUCUGCUACACAAGUGAGCAGGACAACGGAAUGGCAUAUCAUGAAGUGAACUCCUCAGCGACACACUACACCCUACAGGACCUGCAGCCCAGCACCUCCUAUCGAGUUGGGAUUCAGGCAGCCACAGCAGACAGAGAUGGGUCCUGCAGUCCCCGGCACCUGUUUAGCACCAUGAAGCUCGGUCCCAAUCCUGCAGAGUGGAAGCUCAACCUCAGGUACCUCAGUAUUUUCCUAGGCGUCCCUGUCCUGGCUGUGUUUUACCACUUCCUCAAAAAGAGGGCCAAGAAAAUGCUGUUCCCGCCUCUGCCCAACCCCAUGGACAGCGAAGCCAUCAAGUUCCCAGCUGAGGAGAUAAGCCAGGUGAAGCCACGGCCAGGCUUUGUGGAGCCAUCAGAGAAAAUCAGCCCCACAGGACCGCUGGUGACCAAGUUUAUCUCGGACAAAGGGGAGCCUGAUAUGAACACAGAGACGCACUCGCUGCAUCUCUACACCGUGACUGAAGAAACGGCAGAGAUGUUACAGGCCAAGGAGGGGCAGGCAGGCUCUGAGAAUGACCUGCCAUUUGAAUAUAGAAGGCAGGUGCUUCUGACCCCAGCGGAAGAGGAACAGGAAGAAGAAGAUUUCAGAGAAUUCGCUGGUGUUUGUGGUCAAAAUAACCUUGCCGAAGCAGGCACAGGGCCUUCUCAGCCCCACCCAGACGAGGGUGCUGCCAUGGAGCAGACAGGGCUCUCUCGGCCUCUGGUACAGCUCUCCUUGCUGCUCUCAGACAAGCCCGUCAUCAUAAAGAAUGGGGGCAGCUUUGACCUUUUACAUAAGUGAACCUUGUCUUGAGGGUUCAGCUUGGGACAGCCUGGGAAGACAGAGUGUUGCAGUGACAAGGCACCAUGUGCUCAGGCCUGUCUGGGCAGAGACCCCAUGGUGCAGGACACAGGGCCCUCAGCAGAUCUCCUGAGAGACUUCUGAUCUCAGUCUCUUUUUUCAGAGUUUGAGUGUGAACUCUCUGCAGCAGGGGCUGUCGUUUAUUAUACAUGUCCCAGUCCCACAAUGAAACACUGAAGAGGAAGCCAGAUUUCAGAGCGGUAGCCAUGUUAGUCUGUAUCAGCAAAAACAAGGAGUUGUUUUUACUGAAUAGGAAGAAUGAACUGUUCAAACAUCCUUUAUAUUUUGAUGUGUGAGAAAAGGUCCCACAGUCCAGCCAUGGUCUCCUAUUUUCUCAUAUUCCAGAGCCCCUUUCCUUGAUUAGUAUCAGGGGGGAGCCGUGUUCGUCUGUAUCCACAAAACAGCAAGGAGUCUGGUGGCACCUUAAAGACUAGCAGAUUUAUUUGGG